GACAUCUCCGUGGUCCUGGUGACAGUUGGGUUUUGCCAAGUCAUUCUUUUGAGCGCACGUUGCCAUGGCAUGAUGACGAUGACACGUGGUUGCUCAGCGCAGCCACCAUGGCUAUGCAGGACCGCGUGCUUUUGAUGCCAGCGGUGGCAGACAGACAUGCCUUUCUUUGGAACAAACAUGUCCUGAAAUCGACCGAUUUCGAGAUCGUCUUCACUGUGUCUGGCAGCUUGCCACAUCGAAGCACUCAGCAGGAUGGAAGUUUGGCUUUUUGGCUGAGUCUAGACGACUGCACCAAACAGUUCGACGAGAAGGUGCUUAUGGAAAAGGUCCUUCGCGACAGAAACAACGAUUGGAGAGUGGGCAUGAAGGAGCUGGGCUACUCCGAGAAUGGUUACAGGUCUGACUUCAAAGGGGUGGCUGUUGUUUUUCUGCCCUUUGAUCAAGAUCGGAAGCUCAGGCAGACAAUCACUGCACUCUACUCGGAUGGGUCCAAAUCUAUCCCAACGCCAUUGGAGGAUGUGCUGAAGGACGCGCGAUCUACAGUUGUCACGGGCAACUGGCUAAUGUCUGAAAACACUGCCUCAACUCAGGCCCGCUGGAAGGUUCAUGCUGAUGGCAGCAUCGUUGUCAGCAAGCGACAAACGGGCACCGCCCAUCUUCCUGGAGCUGUGUGGUCCUGGGCACCAGAUGGGCAUGUAGUCAAAGGCACCUUCGUCCUUCAGCCGGAUAACACGUUGAGCUGGAAGGAUCAUCCCAACUCCGGUCGCUGGAACCUCCUUCCAGGCGGUAAGCUGAACAUCACGUUGUUCGAGGCUAACUUCGUGCUUCGCAUUGAAGGUAACCGUGCAGUGCAAGAGCUUCCCGACUUUCCCGUUCGAGCUAUAGCAUAUUUGGGCGGCAAGGAGGUGGAGGAUGAGCCUUGGCACAAGCUUGCCAGCUUUCCAGCCAAGACUCUUCCUGUGCCUGUUCCGAACAUGUUCUACGGCUUCACAGGAUACAGCGGCACGAAGGCUGGCAUGGAGGUGAAUCUGAACUACUUGGGCGCCUUCAAUCAUGAUCCCCAUGUUGUCGGAGAGGAUGGCUUCAGCAUCGCCCAGUCCCAGGAGUGGAAGAAGGCCUUAGCGGAGGAGGCCCGCUUCAUCGACCGGGUGUCGCAACGUGAGGCAGUGGAGAGAUAUGAUAUUCAAGUGAGACAUGUGUCCCGUUCAUGUCUAACAUGA